AUGGCUACCACCACAAAAUUCGAUGAUAAGCAUAUCUUCUCGGAAUUUGAGGAUGCAGAGCGCCUCGGGCUUAUCAAGGAGAUCGUUCGCCAGGAUCCCCUACUAGCCAAUAUACCUCGAUGCUCUUUUUUUCCCCUGUGGUUCUCAAAUAUAUCGAUGCUUCGGGAGCUUGUCGCGGGCGGUCAAACUGACACCGGCUUCCGCCUGCGCUGGAAUCUGCUCGGGUGGACUUCCUUUACGGACGUGCCAGGAAUCUUGGCUGGCAGUAAACAGCUCCCUGAAGAUGAGCAGGGCGGGAGACGGGAAGCAUCCCAGAGCCCUCAGGGGCGUUCCGACCUAAAUCCUGCGCGUAAUAGCCAGGUCCUGGACCGCGAUGGCAACAAGUGUGUGUUGACAAAGCACGGCCGGACCACCCUCCAAAUCGCUCAUAUUGUGCUUUACAAAGUGCAUACAAGCCAGCAAGAGGGAUUCUGGAGAUGGAUGGAACCAUUCUGGGGUGUAGAUGAGGUUAGGAGAUGGAAAACGCAGAUCCUGGGUGCUGGGGAGACGUUCGAUACCGAGAAGGUGCAGAAUAUGAUGGCGCUUGCCUGUCAUGUCGACAUAUACUGGGAUCAGCCUAUAUGCGCUUUCCGCCCUAUCCGGGUUAACGGGGAUAAUACCAGAAUGGACAUUGCUUUCCACUGGUUGCCUCUCCCUGACAAAAAAACCCGCCGAAUCGACAAGGUGCCGAUUGAUGAGCACCCUUACCCCGGCAUGUAUGAGCGCACGGGGUUUACUGAUAGCCCAGGGGAAAACAUUUCUGUCUUCGAUAUGAAGACCAGAGUCGUCAUUCCCUCCGGGCAUAUAUUCACAAUCACAACGGACGAUCCAGUUCAGAAACCGUUGCCAUCUUUCCAAUUGCUGGAACUGCAAUGGAUUCUGACUCGUAUCGCCGCAAUGCAGGGGGCAGGUGGGGACGAAGAUAGUGACAUGGACUAUGAUGGAGAUUCUGUUGCUAAUUAUAAUGAUGAUGAUGGUCUUUCUAUUAUAGUCUAG